AUGACGGUCUUCAACGACGGCGAGGAGUCCAUCCGCACCUUCAAGGCUGCCGAGCUUGGGUUUACUGGUGAAUGGAGUCCACAUGUCGAGAUCUCCACCGAGGUCGUCAUCACACAGGAGAUUGUCGAAAGACUGAGUAAACAGCCCGAGUGGGAGAAAGAGUUGGAGGAGAAGACCGGGAUUCCCAUUAUGGUCGACUCCAGCCGGCAGAAGGUGGCGAUUGGACCGGCGACUCCUCCAAAGGUCAAGGAGGCACUGACCCUCGUGAAUUCUGAGCUCAGCAAGCUCGACCAGCAGAUCUGGUCUGCUGACCAGCCGGCGCCGCCUGCGGAGCCGGCGCAGAAGCCGCAAGAGGCAGCUCCAGCUGAGCCGGAGCAGGUGGGGACUCAGGAAGGCGAGACGCUGCUGAGCCAAGUUCAGGCUCUUCUGCCGGAGGCGCAGAAACCGCGAACCCCGAAGCGGAAGAGGCGCCUGGACAGCUCCGAGGAUUCGGAGACCAGGCGCUCUGAAUCCAAGCGUCGGCUGGUCACCGAAAGCAAGGAGAUGUUCCGACUGGGCUUUGAGACGGCCUUGAAACAGUUGGAAGAGACGCGGCUCGCGGCCGCUGAGAAGGAGAAGCCCCCGAAGGCCAAAGAGAAAGAGAAAGACUUUGGACCGCCUUCGGAGUUCGCGAGCCUGCUGCGG